CGCCGGUAGUUGUUUGCGAACGUAGAAUAAUAAUGAACUUACAGCACGCGUUCAUAGCCCUUUUAUUACAUUAUUUGCACACUUGGUAGGCAAGAACAGCAUACAUACUUGAGGUGUUGCUCUGUUCUUAGAUAACUUUAAUAAGUAAUUGUGCUUCGUUUGUUAUAGUAGGGACAACAAAUACCUCGAAUCGUUAACAUUUUCGCGCGCCCUCGUGUGGUGCACAUGUUCGGACUGCGGUGAAUCACUACUGAAAAAAAACAUCGAGGGACGGCGGAGAACGCGGGUGACGCAGCGGCCGCGAGGCGCGAGUCAUUGAUCCCGAUACAGUCCCGGACAGCCGACGCCAUGUCGGAGCUCGCGCAUACGACCGAGCCGCUCGUCCCGCCGCUCGCGCUCGCCGCGUACGUUGCGUGCGUCGCCGGCGCUGCCGCUCUCGCCAACUGCUCCGUGAUAGCUGCACUCUUCAAAACAACUCGGAGUGGUUUACUCACCAUCAUUUUACAAUUAGCAGUGGCUGAUCUUAUACUUGGAGCAACAGUAGGACCGGAGUUAUGGUCCUACAAUGCCAGGUCGUGGCCUUUUGGUCAACCCAGCUGCAUCGCCUACCGAGGACUGAAUGUUUUUGCAUCAACUGUGUCAUCGUACUUGGUAGCCACUAUUGCGCUACAUUCGCUUGCCACGAUUAAUGUAGAAGAAAGAGCUGCCAAACGGAAGAAGCGUAACGCACAGGAUGAGGACGAGGAAAUACGAUCUUCACGCCACAGUUUAGUGACAAGCAGCGACUCCUCAACUCCGCCGAGAACUAUGAACCUGGACUACCGGCUGACUGAUCGUCGAAUCUCAGUGGCACAACCGUCAGUGUUUGUUUGGGUGUUGGCUAUUUCGUUAAGUGUUCCGGAGUAUAUUUUAGCGACUACAGUGCACCAGGAUGGAAACAUUGUACUAUGCACUAUUGUGGACAACAGUCAACGUCUGCAUAUGUACUCAAUCCUUACUGUUUUAAAUUUGUUCCUACCUCUGUUUAUUAUGACCAUUGCUGCGGUUUUAGUCAUUAUUAAGUUGAAGAUAAAGAAAGUACUGUCACAGAUUGAAUGCUUUGAAUCUGUUGCUGCACUGAAGUUGUCCCUAUGGCUAAUAGUGAUUUACAUUGUUUUAUGUACUCCUCGGUCUUUUGUCAGUGCAUAUCACAUUUAUUCCAAGUCAAUGCUAGGUAGCGAGACUUCGUUGGCUCCUAACAAUGACAUGACUAUUGUAAAUGUGGCAACCAGCAGCACGUUCAUUCUUUCAACUUUGAUUCGUCCACUGUUGAGCAUAGCUUUAAUACCGCGAGUGAGGAAAUCGUUUUCUUUUGGAUCAUAUACAAGUACAGACAACGUGUAGCUAAGGCUAAUAAAAAACUAUUUUCCAAAGUUAUAUAAUAUCUAAAAGAGGUGAUAUCUCUAAAGACUUGUGUACAAUGUACCAACGUAUGCUACGUUAAGCAAGGUUGCAUUUAAAUGUAAGUGAAAAGUUGUGGUAUUUAGUUAGGGAGACCAAGGAUUAGCAUAACAAACUCGACGGUAAACUAUGCGCCGAGUAUAAUUCGAGUAAAAGGGACAUAGCUAGUCUCAAAUGAGACACAGCGGGUAAAUAAGGAUAUAAAUUCUUCUAAAAUUAGAAAACUAUUUGUAAUACGUACUUACCCAGUACUUAUAUACUGAUCAGUAGGUAUAUACAAUGUAAAGGAAAAUGGACUUAUGUAAAUUUUAAACAUAAUAUCCUUGUAAAGUAAAUAAUAAGGAUAGCUGAACUGUGUAAUAUACCUAGUUUAUGUAAAUUAAGACAAAGACCAAUUAGUCGUAAAUAAUAAAGCUUAUUGCUGCUUUGCUCACUGUGCCAUUCCUAGCUUUAGAUUAUUCUUAAAUGCAAACAAUAAACGAUAGUCAAUAUCAGAAGUUAGGCACAACACAAUGUUUAUUAAAUUCAAGUUUGUAAAGCUAUUCAUAAAAAAAUGCACAUUUAUUUUUGAUACGGCUAGACUAAAUUAUGUAAGUGACUUAUUAAGAAAAAUAUUUUUUUACUGUUUUUUAUAAUAAACUUUUGAAAAAAAACUUUUUUUUUAUAUCUACUUACUGCUAAUGUAGGUAUUAUCUUCGCCUUCACGCGCAACAAGUCAAAAGCUAGCGUGGAUUUUUAACGAAUCUAUGAAUAUUGAAGUCAUAGAGCACAAAAGCAAAUUAAAAAUAAGAAAAGUUGUAUUUCUACUAACAGUGGAGGCCGCCCAAUCCCAAUUUGAUUUGAAACCAGUACAGCUUACAGAAUUUAGGUAAUUUAGUAAGUAGGUAAGUUCGUUUCAUGAUUUUUAUUACAC